AGUUAGCGAGCCUUGGUCAUGCCGCCUGCUCAGAUCUCUAUAUCCACGAAUACAGAACAUCACGUUCGUGCCGCCCAUAUACUCUCAGAGAGGUCAGCGUGUCUUCACCGCUUAGAAUGGGUCUAACUUCAGUCGAAAUGAUGCCAAAACAACUCAUAGUCUCCGCGAGCUUGGAUACGACCAUGCCUACAUCGGUGGUUUUGCGUGGUCUCUCCUCGGUAGCCGGCGAGCAACUCAGAUACUUCGCUCUCCCGCUUCCUCUUAUGCAAUAUAAGCGAAUAUUUACUUGCUCAUUCUGACCUAGCACGAUAUCGACAUUCUUAUUCAGCCACUGCCUGGACAACCUCCUCUGCUAGCUUUGCGGGAUGACUUGAUGGAGCGCAGUCCUCAUUUCGCCAAAGCAAACAUCAAGUUCUAUUUCGUGCAGCAACCCGAUGAAAUGCUCGAUGGAACGGAGAAUGUCAUGCGAGGCAUCAACAAUGUCCUGAUCGAAACUCUUAUGGCCGGGCGUAUGGGCCUCCCCGCUGUCGCGAGCCCUACGCAUCAAGUCGAGCAUACGGAAUACAGAAUCCCCAUCCUUCACCCUUCCAUCCUCAUCCUUACGAAGCUCAAACGCUGGACCGUGAAUCGCACCUCGAGUUGGCCAAAGGCAAAGGCAAAGCGCGAUACCGACUGGGCAGAUAUCAAAUAUCUCAUCGCCUGGCUCUCCGAUAAGGCUCACAAGAUCGAGUUCAACAAGUAUGAGGGAAAAGGUCGUGGGGACCUCCUUGUAAUGGUGCGGCAAGUCCACCAUGAGUUGAUCGAGGAGGAGGAUGAGGAGCUACUCGUGAAGUUGGAAGAGGUCAUGCAUCCUGUGGACUGGGAGGAUAUGAGCAUCAUCGUCUUGGCUCCGACAGUGGAAGACCCAACACCGAUAGUGAUAGUCACCACACCGUCAGUGGACGUCCCUACACCGACAACGAACGUCCCCACACCGUCAAUGGAUGUCCCAACAUCGCCAGUGGACGCCCCCAUAUCGACAGUGGUCGUGGACGUCCCAACACCAACAGUGGACGUCCCCACACCGACAGCGGACGUCUCCACAUCGACAGUGGAAAACCCCACACCGACAGUGGACGUCCCCACACCGGCAGUGGACGCUCUCACGUCGAAAGUAGAUGGCCCCACACCGACAGUAGAUGGCCCAACGCCGACGCCAGAAGAAGGGAUGACAGGGUAGUCUGGUCUCAUGUGCUCAUUGAAUUUGGAUUUGGGUCUAAUUGAUACUGCAUGGGUAUCGUCUGGGCGAUGAUGAUCGAGGAAAAGUGUCGCAUGCGAGGAACUAGUGUUGAUAUCGAGUAUCAGCGUCCCACAGUUUUGUACCAGCUCUGCUCUAGUUUUAUUUGUUGUCCUACAGUUUUCUACAACCCUUUUCCGUCUAUUCUGCUUUGUAGUCUGCAAAAAUCUAGCUCACGCAGUACAAG